AUGGGUCGAGACGCCCUGGUGCUUUGCUGGGUUGUAACUGGGAUCUUGGCACUGAGGAUGCUGGCUGCAGCCGACCCCUCCAGCUGGUCCCUGCACAGCAAGGCCGGUGUAUUUGCAGACCUGGAUGCCAAGGAGCUGAAGGCCGUGCACAAUUUUCUUUGGUCCCAGAAGCAGCUGGCACUGGAGCACACCACGACCUUGUCCAUGGCCAAGAACUCCAUCUUCCUCAUUGAGAUGCUGCUGCCUAAGAAGUUCCAAGUGCUGAAAUUUUUAGACGAAAACAAAAAGCGCCCUGUCCGGGAGGCCCGUGUUGUUAUCUUCUUCGGAGCUCAGGAGAAGCCCAACAUCACUGAGUUUGUAGUGGGACCCCUGCCGUUGCCCAAUUACAUGCGAGCACUGCCUGCGCGUGGGUCCCACCCAUCUUGGACAUCCAGGCCCGUCUCCGCUGCUGAGAACAGCCUCCUAGGCCAGACCCUGCAGAAAGUCCUCAAGCCCCUUCAUCAGUUCUUCCUCAAAACCACAGGCUUCUCCUUCCAAGAUUGCCAAGACCGAUGCCUGACCUUUACCGACGUGGCCCCCCGUGGCCUGGCCUCUGGUCAGCGCCGAAGCUGGUUUAUCCUGCAGCGGUUUGUGGAGGGCCACUUCUUGCACCCCACCGGCCUGGAACUCCUUUUGAACCAUGAAAGCUCAGAUACCCGCAGCUGGGUGGUGGAGAAAGUCUGGUACAAUGGGAAAUAUUAUGAGAGCCCAGAAGAGCUGGCCUACAAGUAUGACAAAGGAGAGGUGGAUGUGGUGGUUCUGGAGGACCUACCACCCCCAGGGAGUGAGGAGAAGGCCCUCUUUUCCUCCUACAAGCCCCGUGGAGUCUUCGCCAUGGACACAAACACAACUGGACCUCGCAUAGUUGAGUCUCAAGGCCACCACUACCGGCUAGAAGGCAACGCUGUGCUCUACGGGGGCUGGAGCUUCGCGUUCCGGCUCCGUUCCUCCUCAGGGCUCCAGAUCCUCGAUGUACGUUUCCAAGGGGAGCGUGUUGCCUAUGAAGUGAGCAUACAGGAGGCAGUGUCCCUGUAUGGAGGACACACGCCAGCAGGCAUGCAAACCGACUACAUGGACGUGGGCUGGGGUCUGGGCAGUGUCACACACGAGCUGGCCCCUGGCAUCGACUGCCCAGACACUGCCACCUUCAUAGAUGCCUUCCACUACUAUGAUUCUGAUGGCCCUGUGCACUACCCCCGGGCCCUCUGUCUCUUUGAGAUGCCCACCGGGGUACCCAUUCGGCGGCAUUUCAAUUCCAACUUCAGUGGAGGCUUCAACUUCUAUGCAGGGCUGAAGGGCCAGGUGCUGGUGCUGCGGACCACUUCCACAGUCUACAAUUAUGAUUACAUUUGGGAUUUCAUCUUCUACACCAAUGGAAUCAUGGAGGCCAAGAUGCAUGCCACUGGCUACGUCCAUGCGACCUUCUACACACCCGAGGGUCUGCACCACGGUACUCGCCUGCACACCCACUUGCUGGGCAACAUCCACACCCACCUGGUGCAUUACCGCAUCGACCUGGACGUGGCAGGCACCAAAAACAGCUUCCAGACACUGAGAACCAAGCUGCAAAACAUCAGCAAUCCCUGGAGCCCAGGACAUCACCUGUUGCAGCCUGUUCUGGAACAGACACAGCACUCCCUUGAGCGUCAAGCCUCUUUCCGGUUUGGCCAGACCCUGCCCAAGUACCUGCUCUUCUCCAGCCCCAAAGAGAACGCCUGGGGCCACAAACGCAGCUACCGAGUGCAGAUCAAUUCCAUGGCUGACCAGGUGCUCCUCCCAGGCUGGCAGGAGGAACAAGCUGUCACCUGGGCCAGGUACCCCCUGGCGGUGACCAGGUACCGGGAGUCCGAGUUGUGCAGUAGCAGCCUCUACAACCAGAAUGACCCCUGGGACCCACCUGUUGUCUUCGAGAAGUAUCUUCGAAACAAUGAGAACAUUGAAAAUGAGGACUUAGUGGCCUGGGUGACAGUGGGUUUCCUCCACAUCCCCCACUCAGAGGACAUUCCCAACACGUCCACACCUGGAAAUUCUGUGGGCUUCCUGUUGCGGCCCUUCAACUUCUUCAAAGAGGAUCCAUCUUUGGCAGCAAAGGAGACUAUAAUGGUGUGGCCUCGGGACCCAGGCCCCAACUAUGUGCAGCGCUGGAUACCUGAGGAGACAGGGGCCUGUUGGACGCCUCUCCCUUUUACCUAUAAUGGAACCUACAGGCCUGUGUGA